AUGACCCACCAGGUGCUUCUCUGCCUCGGCUUCCUCACUUUCCCCUCCGGCCUCCCACCCAACCUCCUGGCCCUGCCAGCUUUCGCGGGCCGCAUAUGCCAGCCCCAGCCCACGCCCAUGCACGCCCUCCUGCUCGGCCUCACGCAGGCCCACCUCCUCCUCCUGCUGCUCCUGCUGCCCUGCAAGAUGCUGGAGGCUGCUCCCGACUUCCGCUGGUUCCUGCCCAGGAUCGGGUGCACGCUCACGGCCCACGGCUUCUGCAUUGGCAUCCACUGCAGCCUGUGGCUCCAGGCGGGCACCAGCAUUGAGCGGGCCUGCCCCGUGCACUACAAGCUGUCCCGCCGCCUGGGUCCUGUGUCCUUCGACCACGGUAGCAUAGUGAUCAGCGUCCUGUACUUACCGGGUGAGAACACGACGAGAGCGAACCUCUCCGUCUGCUCUGACGACGUCACCCUGGCUGUCCCGGCGCCCCUGCGGCCGGAGCUGCGCCUGGUGCUCAUCCCCAUGGUGCUCACCAUCUUCUGCUACUGGUGCUUUGUGGCCAUCUUGCUCACCCGACCCCAAGUCGGGGCCCACAAGCGCUGGAGAGCCGUGGCACUGGCCAUGGUCACCCUCUUUAACUUCCUGGUCUGCUUUGGGCUGUACAAUGUGCCCCACAUCGUGGGGUUCCCCCAGCAGGACCGCCAAAGCUGGCGGAUAUGCGCGGUGCUAUUGGGUGCCCUAUCUCAUUAA